AUGUAUGGGUGCGUUAGUGCCGAAAUUACAGUGUCAAAUGUGGCAUCAAUCAGCCCAGACUCCACGACGAACCCGGGGCCCAGUGUUGGUGUCACGGACAGUCCAAGCCCUGCCUCAAAACCGGGAACAAGUGUUGGUGUCCUGGGCAGUCAAACCCCUGCCUCAAAACCGGGAACAAGUGUUGGUGUCACGGGCAGUCCAACCCCUGCCUCAAAAACGGGACCUACUGUUGGUGUUACGGGCAAUCCAAGCCCUGCCUCAAAACCGGGAACAAGUGUUGGUGUCCUGGGCAGUCAAACCCCUGCCUCAAAACAGGGAACAAGUGUUGGUGUCACGGGCAGUCCAACCCCUGCCUCAAAAACGGGACCUACUGUUGGUGCCACGGGCAGUCCAAGCCAUUCCCCAAACCUGGGACCAAGUGUCGGAGCCACAAGCCAUCUGAUCUCCGACAAAACCCAGCCACCCAGUGUUUCUGUCAUGGGAAGCUCGACUCCGACAGGAAAACCGGUGCCAAAUAUUGCUACUACAAAAAUCCCAACAUCAGUGAAAAAUCAGACAACUCAAACCUCAUCAGCAGUAAACACGAAUUUUUUUGAAAAUAUACAAAAGUUUCUAUUAAAUUCCCAAGCCACCAAACUUAUUCAGAAUCAAAUUGGAGACUUCAUUAAAACCAACAAUGUCUCGUUUCCUAUCUCAGUCAUGACACCAGAAAAUUUACAAAAAGUCCUACAGUUACUUGGCUCUGGUUCCAAUAACUUACAAGGUAUUUCUCAGUACGCGGGAUUGCUCGGGAACUUUUCUAAUGAUCUACGGAAUGUUACUGAAGAAUUGGAACAGCACAUCUCACCUCAGUGUUUCAGUCACUUAGAAUUUCUUGUCUCGGAACUUCUGAAAAGGGAGCAAUGGGCAUUCAAAAUGAUAGACGCUUCAGGAAAGAUCCCAGCCGGAAUUCUUGAUGGAAACAUGGUGUGGAUGGGUUCAUACGACGAGUGUCUGAAGGUCGAUACCGAGAAGUUCCAAGGGCAACACUGCACGACUACUCUUUCUGUUGCUUCGAUACUGGGAUCCAUGUUUGAUAUACCGGCGGGACUAGACGUACAUCUUGGUGUGUGUAUGCCAGAUAGCUGUAACGUAUCGGAGACGAAUGCCGUGUUAAAUACCCUAUUGGGAUUACUGCCCCUUGGUGAAAACAAACUCAGUGCUUCGAAUGUCGCUUGUUCCGAACGUCCCGAGUAUGACGACCUCGCUAUCGGAGGAUUUACAGUGUGUGGUGUGUUUGUC